GGAAGGAUGAGCUCCUAUGCUGACAUCUGCGGGUCCAAGCAUGCGCAGGGCAGCACUGAGGGAGGGUACCAACGCUACGGAGUUCGGUCCUACCUGCAUCAGUUUUAUGAGGACUGCACAGCUUCAAUAUGGGAGUAUGAGGAUGAUUUUCAGAUCCAGAGAUCGCCGAGCAGGUGGAGCUCUACAUUCUGGAAGGUCGGACUCAUCUCUGGGAUGGCUUUUAUGCUGAUAGGUUUAACGGUUCUUGUAGUGGGUUUUCUUGUGCCACCGAAAAUCGAAGCUCUUGGGAAAGAUGAUUUUGUUGUGGUGGAUACUCGUGCUGUUCAGUUUAAUGGGUCCCUUGAUAUAUGCAAGCUGGCAGGAGCAAUCUUGUUUUGCGUUGGAGGGUCCACCGUGGCAGCGUGUCUGCUGAUGUCUGCUUUUGCUAAAAGUUACUCCAAAGAAGAAAAGUACCUCCAGCAAAGAUUUAAAGAGAGAAUAGCUGAUAUAAAAGCCCAUGCAAACCCAGUCACAAAAGCGCCAGCACCGGGAGAGUCAAAGAUACCUGUCACUUUGUCCAAAGUUCAAAAUGUCCAACCUUUAUCUGAAACCUGAUGCUUUCCUUAGGUUUUGUUUCUCACUUGCAGAUCACUUCAACUGGAAAAUACCAGCUGUUGUUGGCAUAUGUGCUAGUUAAUUACAACAUCGAGUGCUCUGCUAUACAAACACACAGCUGAUGGGGAAGCUGCUCCAAUACAAAUUUAGGAUUGGGAAAAGGGAAAUUAUGUGAUUAGACCUGUGACCAAUAUAUUCAGUGUAUUUGAACAUUUUAAUCUGUGUUGAACCAGUAAGUCUUUGCAGCAACGAUUAGGUGUUUAGCUUAUCAGAUUGCAUCCCUGGAAAACAUAGGGUGCGUUUAUGACAGCUGUACCAGGAACACCCU